AUGGGAUCGGUAGGUGCCGAUUCCGAUUCUCAGCGUGCCGUCACGGCCAUUCUAAACUCGGCAAUCGCCGCUCCAGCCAUUGGCGCUGCAUGGGAGCUCGGGAUACUGGAAGAAAUACACAGAAACAAAAGCAUCAGUCCGCGAAAUUUCGCAAAGCAACAUGACUUGAAUCCUGUUUCGACCGAGGCCAUCGUAGCCGCUCUGAUGGCGGUUGACAUUCUGGCAAAGUAUGACGGGGAGGUUGCCGGAGGCAAGCACUUUGAGGAAGCAUACAAGAAAAAAUCCAUCUUUCACUUCACAAGCCUUGGAUCAGGCGGACUGUUUGCCAAGAUGGCCUCCUUGACACGUAACGCCAACCGAGUCGGGGGCUUCCACAGCCGGACUCGAGAUGCAGCAGCCAUUGCGUAUGCAUGCCGCGAGAUCAACCACGUAUACUAUGAUCCUGCGUUCUGGAAGGCCAUGAAGGAACUCGACUUUGACUUCAAAUCGGUGGUCGAUCUUGGGUGCGGCAGCGGUGAGAGAUUGAUGGAGAUUCUAGGGCGCUACCCCGGGGCAUGCGGCCUCGGGGUCGACAUUGCGAUGCCUUCGCUCCAGGUGGCAAUCUCCGAGACGGCUGAGCGCGGCCUGUCGGACCGCUUGUCGUUUGUCGAGGGCAACGUCCUGGCGCUUGAGUACCGUGACGAGUUUUCCGACGUCGACCUCCUGACCUGUUUCAUGAUGGGGCACGACUUUUGGCCGCGGGAGAACUGCAUCAAGACGCUCCAGUGGCUCAGGCAGGCUUUCCCCAAGGUUCGCCGGUUUCUCCUGGGCGACGCCCAUCGCCUGCUGCUGAACUCGCGCGACCAAGGCGAGCCACCCACGCAUGCAGUGGAUGAGCACAAUGUGCCGUUUUUCAGCUUGGCGUUUGAGGCUGCGCACGCCCUGAUGGACGUUUACGUGCCAACCAUUGAUGAGUGGGAGGGGGUUUUUGAGGCGGGCGGCUGGCGAUGUGUCAGGAAGCAUCUCAUAGAAACAGCGGAUUGGGCCGUGGUGUUUGAGCUGGAGCACGCGUGA